AUGUAUGCUGAUACUCAGUCAACAUCACAGAUGCCAUUGCAAUCGUUUUCAACAACAGAUCAAGCAUUAUUAACAUCGGACAAUACAACAAUAUGUGCCGAUCAAUUGGUUGGUGAAUUACUAGAAGGCCUAUCCGGUAGAUUUAUGUGGGGUGUUAUACAAUUGAUUCUAAUGUUUUUUGGAAAUAUUGGAAAUAUUCUUACACUAAUAGUCUUAAAUCGUCGUUUAAUGCGAAAAGGAGGAGUAAAUAAUUUAUUACAAGGUCUUGCUAUAAGUGAUAUUGUUGCUCCAACUGUUGCUUGUAUUCCACAUAUCAUAUAUUAUUAUGGUCCAAAACAUAACGGCAAACUAAUAAGUUUUGUAAAUUCGUUUGUUUUACCUGUAGCAACUGGUGCUACAUUUUGUUCGAAUUGGAUCGUUGUAACAAUAACUUGUUUUCGUUUAAUGAUUGUUGUGAAACCACUUUAUUCACAAGUUUAUUGUUCCAGUCGUAAUGAAAGAAAAGCUUUAAUAAUAAUAUUUUUAUUUAGUGUGUUAUCAAUCAUACCAUAUUAUUAUUAUCAUCAAAAUUUAGAUGCUCAAACUGUAAUAAAAGUCGUAUCAGCUAUAUUAUCAUUAUUAUGUCCAUGGGUAAUAUGUGUUUUUCUCUGGAUAUCACUUAUACGUUGUGUUAAUCGUGAAAUUGGUAAAAAAAAAUCCCAAGAAUUUAUCUUACAUUCAGAAAUAAUUGCUCAACGUUUAAAAUCGAAAUCUAAAAUAACGAAAAUGGUUUUAAUUAUAUGUUUUUUUAACAUAAUAUGUCAAUUACCCGUCCUUAUAUUAACUAUAUUUGGUCUUAUUGAUGUUAAUCCGUGUGGACAUCUACGUGCAUUAGUUUAUGUUUGUCUUCUUUUUGUAUCAAAUUUAUUCUUAAUUGUGAAUCAUUCAAUUAAUUUUUUUAUUUAUUCUUUAACCAAUUGUAAAUUUCGUUAUACAUUACAAAUUAUGUGUCGUCAUUGCUGUGUUUUUCAUGAUCAUCUACAUAGUCGAAUAAUGACUCAACGACAAAUGAUGGCAUGUGAUGAUCAAAGAAAAAUGGCUGCUCCAAGAACAAUAACACCAAAAUAUGAAUGUAAUUCAUGUUCAAAUUCAAAAAGUCGAGAAAGUCCACAUCUAAUGUUAACUAUGCGUACAAUAAAUCCAUCACGAUUUAAUAUGAAACAUGAUCAAUCAGAACGUAUCGCUUUGUAA